CAAAAACAAAAGAGGUUUAAGCAAAAACGACGCUGUUUACUACAUGUUGAAACGCAGCCGUUUCAGGCGUUGAUGGGAAGCUGAAAAAAAAAAGGCCAACAACAACAGCGGCGGCGUUUGAGGAAGAAGGAAAAAGAAAUGGCGGACAGCAUAUGCAAAGCGACGGAGGAGCCAUGGAGAGUAUUAGAAUUCUACAGCGGCAUUGGCGGCAUGAGGUAUUCUCUAAUGAAAGCUGGUAUAAACGCUCAAGUAGUCGAAGCCUUCGAUAUCAACGAUAAAGCUAAUGAUGUCUACGAGCACAACUUCGGUCACCGCCCUUAUCAGGGAAAUAUUCAGAGCCUAACGAAUGAUGAUCUCGACAGCUGUCGAGCACAUGUAUGGCUUCUUUCCCCUCCUUGCCAGCCCUACACUAGACAAGGUCUCCAAAAACACUCUGCUGAUGCUCGGGCAUUUUCAUUUCUUAAUAUUCUUGAACUUAUACCGUGCAUGUCAAAACCUCCAGAUAUGUUAUUUGUAGAAAAUGUUGUUGGAUUCGAGACUUCAGAUACUCAUGCAAAAAUGGUUGAAAUAUUGGCAAAAUCUGAUUUUGUUACGCAGGAGUUUAUUUUGAGCCCAAUUCAAUUUGGUGUUCCAUAUUCUAGACCACGUUAUUUUUGCCUGGCAAAAAGAAGGCCUUUAUCUUUUCAGUGCCAACUGUUCAAUAACCAGCUUCUUGGGUCUCCAAGCCCGUUAUUUGGUAAUGAUGAGAAGAUGGUGAUUGGUGAACAUGAUCAGUCACAAGAGAACUGGGAUAAGUUGAUCGAGUCUUGCCAGCCAAUAGAGAAGUUUCUUGAAUUUACAUCUUCAAGCUAUCAAAUAGACAUGGAGACCAGUUCUUUAGUGACCACUGAUGUUUUUGCAAAUGGUUUGGAAACUUCGGAGAAAUUUGUUGAAGAAGAUGUAUUCGAUUUCAGUUCUAUAGAUCAGUUUGUAGUUCCCUUAAGUCUAAUAGAGAGGUGGGGAAGUGCUAUGGAUAUUGUCUACCCGGAUUCGAAACGAUGCUGUUGUUUUACAAAAAGCUAUUAUCGAUAUGUGAAAGGCACUGGCUCCUUCUUGGCAACAGUCCAGCCAAAGAAAAAGGGGAAAGCAUCUUCCUUAAAGGAGCAGUGCCUUAGAUAUUUUACUCCUAGGGAGGUUGCGAAUUUGCAUUCUUUUCCAGAGGAUUUUCAGUUCCCACAGCACAUAAGCCUUAGACAGCGUUAUGCAAUGCUGGGAAAUAGUCUGAGUGUAGCUGUUGUUGCUCCCUUACUCCAGUAUCUAUUUUCCCAACCAUCAUGAUUUUAAGCUCAAGAGUUCCAUUCACAAGAUGCAAGUCUUUUUGCUUCUCCAGACACAUAACCUUUGCCCAUUUUUCCAUGCAAGGGUGAGUCUUUGAAGUUCUUAAACCAGGGCAUUGGGGCUCUACUCAGAUCCAGUCUGAAAACCUUGGUAGCUGAUGACCCAGUGGUUGCUUCUUGUAUCAAAUAUGUUCCCCUAGCGCAUUUAUUCGAUAAGUUAACAGAGGGAAUAUUGCCCAAUAGGAUGUGGAAAUUGUAUUAUACCUAUCAUAUCUAGAGUGAUAAAUACUUUUGUAUCUUGUUUUAUUUUUAGAAUGAUUUAGGCUUUAAUAGGAUCAUAGAUAAAUCUACAACUUGACGUUGCAUGUCAACAACACCUUUGGGUAAUGGGACUGGGAGUUUUCAAACAGGAAAAGUGAUACACUUACUC